GCACUACACAAAGGUUGUUCUUUUUUGAAAGCAUCGUCGUCUCUCUAGGGAACUUCCUGUCCGCCAGCCAGAAAAACGCAUACCAGGGCACCGGGAAAGCGUUCUUUGAUUUGAGGCGACGAAUAGUCAUUUCUUUCGACCCGUCGGUUUGGAUUUGAAAGCCAAAACCAAUACAAGAGAGAAAGAAAAUUACUCAGACACCGCUACGAUGUGCCGACCGGACAAAGGAGGAUCAGACUCCAAUUCAAAAACCAACACAGCUGUUAACGGCGACAUGGCUUCGAAGAGCAGAAUAGCAAACGCGACAACAAAACCCCAGAGACUGCGGAGAGAAAAACGCGACAAGGAUGGUGAAUACAUACUUCUCUCCGAUGCCGGGCUUGCUUCCGGACCCCCAGAGAAGAAGAAAAAGAAGAAAGUUUCCAAGGCUCUCCAGAAACACGGCAAGGACAAUCCCUCCGGUGGUCUGGAGGCCCUGGUUCCCUCGCUCAUCGGCGUCGGGGUCCUGGUGAUGGCGGUUAUGGCCCAGCGCGGAUUCCGGGGCCGCGCCUCGGUGGCCGGAAUCGAUCUGGGAACGACUAACUCGGUCAUUUGCAUCCAGCGCUUGUCCAAGGGGGUGGGGGUCAUUGACUGCGUGGAGGAUCCGCUGACGGGAUCCCCGAUCGUCCCCUCGGUGGUCAGUGUCUACGACCUGCACCGAGAGGCGGGGGAAAUCAAGGUAGGGCCCUCGAGCAAAACCAAGACGCUCCUGGACCCGCACCCCUCCCGAGUUGUCGUGGGACACGCCGCCAAGAAGCGCAUCGACACGCACCCCCACCAAACACUCUACAACGCCAAGCGCGUCCUGGGACGACCCUACGGAGACACCGCCGUGGAGGAGCUGAGGAGAGAGGUCGAGUUCCGCGUCGAGCAGGAACAAGUUCGUGACGACGACGACGACACCAGAGAGAAUCUCCCUCUCGAAUCGGUCUUCCGCGUCGACUCCACGGUCGCUCUCUCGCCCCAGCAAGUCGGGGGCUACGUCGUCAACUUUUUGGUUGGGAUCACGAGGGAUUUCCUGGGGCACGACAACGUCAAGUCGGCCGUCCUGGCGGUUCCGGCCAAGUUCGACGCCCACCAGCGCCGGCGGACCUUUGAGGCCUUUCAACUCGCCGGGCUCAAGGUGGCCCGCGUCCUGGAGGAGCCCACGGCGGCAGCCCUGGCCUAUGGGCUGCACAAAAAAGAGGGCGUCGAAAAGAUUUUGGUCUACGAUUUUGUGAGUUUUUUCUCGUUUGUUUGGUAUUUGGCUUUAGUUGAUCGCAUUGGAUUAGAUUGUGCUGGAUACCAGCGAGUACUGUAGUUUUGGUAAAUGACGCUGCGCGGUAGGACAUUCGAUGAUGCCGGUCCUCGCUCACCAAUUUUGUUUUCUGUCGAAUCCUCCUUCAAAAUGUUACUCGGGGCGAUCAAUCCAUAUCCUCGUGGUGUGGCCUUUGACGGUGCACCACUUUUCCAAAUACGACAACCAUACAUUUCAGGGUGGAGGCACGCUCGACAUUUCCAUUUUGCACGUCAGCGAGGGUUACUGUGACGUAAUGGGAAGCGAUGGAGACGAUCGACUUGGUGGAGCGGAUUUUGAUGUUGCGGUGGCUCACUUGCUCGCGGAGAAGCACUCGUCGGUAUUGGAAAACCUCACCGCAUAUGGCGACGAUCAUAGCAGCGGAAAGAAUCAGGAUCGCGACGAGGACAUGGCUGAAAUCCUGGCUUCCUCCUGUGAUCGGAUCACGGACGAAAUUCCUCUCUGCAGCAUCUCAUCCUUCCAUACGUUGGGAGAAAAAGUGAAAAUAGAUCUCUCCCAACAACAACAAAAGCAGAAAGAAAGUGUUGGACAAAUCGAGGAGGGAUCCAUAGCAGCCCGCACAAAGUGCUUGGCUCUUCCUCCCUUAACUGCAGCAACAAGGUCGUCCUCCUUGGAGUCCAUGUGCGACUCGCUGUUCGAGGAAAUGCUGGAAGUCACGCUGGAAGAAUACAACACCGCCUGCCAGCCCCUUUUCGAUCGUUCGGUGGUUCCCGCCACGCGGCUGGUCGAGGAUCUCACCCUACAAAAGGAAGAGAUCGACGAAAUCGUCAUGGUUGGGGGAACGACGCGGAUGCCGCAAAUACGGGAACUGGUCCGCCAGGCCUUUCCGGGUGCUCAGUUGAAUACGCACAUCGACCCCGACCUCACCGUGGUAUGUAAACUACGUGCAAGGGUCCAAACCCGUCGCAUCGUUUUUGUUCGGUUCGGUUGGUUGCAUUUCAUGCCAGUGACGACACCGUUUGACGCUUGGCUACUGACGAGAGGCUUGGAGGCCGGAGUAGUUACCGGGUUCACCUCCUCUCCUCUCUUGAUGUUGGCAGUCAUACAUUGCAGAGGCUUGUGGAUCCAUAUUUGCAAAUACGUGAAUCUAUGAAGUUUCUUAUUUGUUUCUAAUUUUGGUUUCUUUGUUUUCUGUUUCCUUUCAGGCCUACGGAGCAGCUUCUGUCAUUGAUUAAGAAAAUGUCUGCCUUUCUUUUCCUUUCCAUUAUAAUUCACAACUUGGCAAAGAAUAACACAAUAUGUUGACACCGCUGUACAUCCUGUACUCAUUAAAUCUAUUAUUCGACA